UUUCAUUUCUUCAAAUUUCAACUUUGAAUGUUUGUUUAUCAUUUAAUCUCAGAAGGGAACCUGAAAGUUAUUAUUUCAGUAGAGAAACUUAAAGUGUUAAAAUUUGUGAUUAUAAUUUAUUUCCUUGACCUUUGGCGAAAAUUUUUUAAAUUAUGGAAUUUCACGAAUCUGAUUAUGUUGAUGACUCUUUUCUUGAAGAAAUACAAUGUGAUAAAUGCCCUUAUUCAUUUCCAUUAUAUUUAUUUUCGGAGCAUGAGCUUAUGUGCCAUCCUCUGGAAGUUGUUACUCUCAGUUCCAGUGAUACUGAAGAUGAAGAAAGUGAAAUAGCUGAAGUUAAAAUAGAAAAAUCAAUUCCUCAAGCUUUAGAAGAAAAUGUGAAAGCUCCAAGAGCAGAAAAAAAUUUUGAAAAUUUAAUACAGGAAAACCUAUUAGCUUUAGCUCAAGUGGUCUCAAAACCGGAGAAAACUAAAGCAGAAGAAAAGGUCCCAAAAAAUACAGUAUUAAAAGAUGUGUUUGCUGAUGAUAUUCAAUUAAUAGAUGACGACAUAAAAUUGGAACAGGAAAAGGCAUUAAACUCGUUUUCUGGUAAAGCAAAACGAGUUGAAGAAGAAAAGCCUAGUUUUAAAGCUCCACCAAAUGUUCUGUUGAAGGGUCACUAUUCCAAACCUCAUAUUCGAAAUGAUUUAACUGCUAGUGAUAACGAAGAUGGAGAAAGUUUAGAAGACUUCUGGAGAAGAGCAGAGGUCAAGCUUGCUCAGAGGAUGCGGAAGAUGAAAGAACCAAAAGUUGGCUCACAAAUUUAUUGAAAUCAUUGUCUGUUGUUAGGAUGUAUGGCACAGCUUACUUAUGUAAUGUUUAUUUUAAAAAAAGUGCUUUAGUGUUGAUAAGUGUAUAAUUAAAUUUAUGUUUUGAAAGCUGA